AUGGCUAGGAUUAGCUUUGCUUCAACAGCUUGCCGACUGGUGCUGGGAUUGCUAAUGACUUCACUGACUGAGUCUUCCAUGCAGAAUAGUGAGUGUCCCCAACUUUGUGUCUGUGAAAUUAGGCCCUGGUUUACCCCACAGUCAACAUACAGAGAAGCCACCACAGUUGACUGCAAUGAUCUCCGCUUAACAAGAAUUCCCAGCAACCUUUCCAGUGACACUCAAGUGCUUCUCCUACAGAGCAAUAACAUUGCAAAGACCGUGGGUGAGCUUCAACAGCUUUUCAACUUGACUGAGCUAGAUUUCUCCCAAAACAACUUCACAAAUAUUAAGGAGGUAGGGCUGGCAAACCUGAGCCAGCUCACGACUCUACAUUUAGAGGAAAAUCAGAUUACGGAGAUGACUGAUUACUGUCUGCAAGACCUCAGCAACCUUCAAGAACUCUACAUCAACCACAACCAGAUCAGCACUAUUUCUGCUAAUGCUUUCUCAGGCUUAAAAAAUCUUUUAAGGCUCCACCUAAACUCCAACAAAUUGAAAGUUAUUGACAGCCGCUGGUUUGAUUCGACGCCUAACCUGGAAAUUCUUAUGAUUGGGGAGAACCCUGUGAUUGGAAUUCUGGAUAUGAACUUCAAACCACUCUCAAAUUUGAGAAGCUUGGUCUUGGCAGGAAUGUAUCUCACUGAUAUUCCGGGAAAUGCCUUGGUGGGCCUGGAUAGCCUUGAGAGCUUGUCUUUUUAUGACAACAAAUUGGUCAAAGUCCCUCAACUUGCCCUGCAGAAAGUUCCAAAUUUGAAAUUCUUAGACCUCAACAAAAACCCCAUCCACAAAAUCCAAGAAGGGGACUUCAAAAAUAUGCUUCGGUUAAAAGAACUGGGAAUCAACAAUAUGGGGGAACUUGUUUCUGUGGACCGUUAUGCUCUGGAUAACUUGCCUGAACUCACAAAGCUAGAAGCUACCAAUAACCCCAAACUCUCUUACAUACACCGCUUGGCUUUCCGAAGUGUUCCUGCCCUGGAAAGCUUGAUGCUAAACAACAAUGCCUUGAAUGCCGUUUACCAAAAGACAGUGGAAUCGCUUCCCAAUCUGCGUGAGAUCAGCAUCCACAGCAACCCCCUGAGGUGUGACUGUGUCAUCCACUGGAUCAACUCCAACAAGACAAACAUCCGCUUCAUGGAGCCCCUGUCCAUGUUCUGUGCCAUGCCGCCCGAAUACAGAGGGCAGCAGGUGAAGGAAGUUCUAAUCCAGGACUCAAAUGAACAGUGCCUCCCGAUGAUCUCUCACGACACAUUCCCAAAUCACUUAAACAUGGAUGUCGGAACGACAGUUUUCCUAGACUGUCGGGCUAUGGCUGAGCCAGAACCUGAAAUUUACUGGGUCACUCCGCUUGGAAAUAAGAUAACUGUGGAAACCCUUUCAGAAAAGUACAGGCUAAGCAGUGAAGGUACCUUGGAAAUAUGUAACAUACAAAUUGAAGACUCAGGAAGAUACACCUGUGUUGCCCAAAACGUGGAAGGAGCAGACACUCAGGUGGCUACCAUUAAGGUUAAUGGAACUCUUCUGGAUGGUACCCAGGUGCUGAAAAUAUACGUCAAGCAGACAGAAUCUCAUUCCAUCUUAGUGUCCUGGAAAGUUAAUUCCAAUGUCAUGACGUCAAACUUAAAAUGGUCAUCCGCCACCAUGAAGAUUGACAACCCCCACAUAACAUAUACUGCCAGGGUCCCAGUAGAUGUUCACGAGUACAACCUCACACAUCUGCAGCCUUCCACGGAUUAUGAGGUGUGUCUCACAGUGUCCAACAUUCAUCAGCAGACUCAGAAGUCAUGUGUUAAUGUCACGACCAAAAAUGCUGCUUUCGCCCUAGACAUUUCUGAUCAAGAAACCAGUACAGCCCUUGCUGCGGUAAUGGGGUCCAUGUUUGCUGUCAUCAGCCUAGCAUCCAUUGCUGUGUACAUUGCCAAAAGAUUUAAGAGGAAAAACUACCACCAUUCAUUAAAAAAGUAUAUGCAAAAAACCUCUUCGAUCCCACUCAAUGAGCUAUACCCACCACUCAUUAACCUCUGGGAAGCAGACAGCGAGAAAGACAAGGAUGGUUCUGCAGACACCAAGCCCACCCAGGUCGACACAUCCAGAAGCUAUUACAUGUGGUAACUCAGCAGAUAUUUUGCUUCUGGUAGUAAGGAGCACAAAGACGUUUUUGCUUUAUUCUGCAAAAGUAACACGUUGAAGACUUUUGUAUUUCUGACUUUGCUAGUUUGUGGCAGAGUGGAGAGGACGGAUGGAUAUUUCAAAAUUUUUUUAGUAUAGCGUAUCGCAAGGGUUUUGACACAGCUGGCAGCUUUUCUAGGUUUCCAGUUGGUGUUUGGUUUUUAUCAUUAUCAUUAUUAUGAUUGUUAUAUUAUUAUUAUUUUAUUUUAGUUGUUGUGCUAAACUCAAUAAUGCUGUUUUAACUAUAAUGCUCAAUAAAAUGAUUAAUGACAGGUUGGGGUUCCCCUGUGCUUUUACCAGUAGCAUGACCCCUUCUUCUGAAGCCAUCAGUAGAAAUUACCAUGUCCUACAAAAAGCUAACAUACAGUUCUGAAGCGGCAUUGAACAAUCUGGUCUACAGACUUUCCGAAGCUAAGGCUAGACUUGUUACCUUUGUUGAAUGAUGUUAGUUGACUGUACUGUAAUGUUGUAUCAACUGAAUUGAAUGUUUUGCCUUUGAACAAUGACUUUUCUUUUUUUGUAAUAGUUACAGAGGCUUAGAACAAGCUAACAGGCAAUAGAAAUAUGUAUAUCAGAUUUUUUAAUGUAACAAACUUUACAUGUUAAUUUUACCUUAUUCUUUUUAUUAUCUUUAGUAGACACUUUUAAAAGACAAAAUACUUUUGUUGUGUUUAACUCACCAACAUGUGGUGUAUAAUGAAGACAGAACUAUAAUAAAUUAGUUUUGUUCUGAUUUUUUAGAACACUGGC